GGGCCUGAUGCCGGAGCGCGGCCCGGCGGCGCGGCGGCGCUGCGGGAGGAGGAUGGCGGGGCUGGCGUGGAAGUGGCCGCGCACCCGCCUGCCCGUGGGGGCUAGCGCCCUGGGCAUCUUCGUGCUCUGCUGGCUAUACGUCUUCCCCGUGUACCGGCUGCCCGACGAGAAGGAGAUCGUGCAGGGGGUGCUGCUGCAGCAGGGCAAGGCGUGGAGGAGGAACCAGACUGCAGUCGCGCUGUUCAGGAAACUACUGGAAGAAUGCUGUGACCCUGGGCAACUCUUUGCUAUGACAAAGACGAACUCCCCAAUGGGAAAGAACCUCUGGUUUGAUGGGGAAUUUUUAUAUUCUGUCACUAUUGACAAUGCAACUUACUCUCUCUUCCCACAGGCUACUCCCUUCCAGCUGCCACUGAAGAAAUGCUCCGUGGUGGGAAACGGUGGGAUCCUGAAAAAGAGCAGCUGCGGCAAACAAAUAGAUCAAGCAGAUUUUGUCAUGCGAUGCAACCUUCCUCCUCUAUCCAGUGAAUACAGCAAGGACGUUGGAUUGAAAACCCAGCUGGUGACUGCAAAUCCCAGUAUCAUUCAGAAAAGGUUCCAGAAUCUGCUUUGGUCUCGAAAAGCAUUUGUCGACAGUGUAAAGGUGUAUAAUCACAGCUACAUCUACAUGCCAGCCUUCUCAAUGAAAACAGGGACGGGACCCUCCCUCCGUGUCUAUUACACCCUGGAGGACUUUGGUGCCAAGCAGGUGGUCCUUUUUGCCAACCCCAAUUUCCUGCGUGACAUUGGCAAAUUCUGGAAGAGCAAAGGUAUCCAUGCCAAACGGCUUUCCACUGGACUUUUCCUAGUCAGUGCCGCCCUUGGUCUCUGUGAAGAAGUAACAAUUUAUGGCUUCUGGCCAUUCUCGGUGGACCUGCACGGGAAGUUUAUUAGCCAUCAUUACUAUGACAAUGUCUUGCCCGAUUCUGGAUUCCACGCCAUGCCAGAGGAAUUUCUACAGCUCUGGUUUCUUCAUAAAAGUGGUGUACUGAGAAUGCAGCUAGAACCAUGUGAGGACCCUUUAAUCCAGCCUUCUGCCUGAGGAUCAGAGGGAGUCCGUUUGGGAGAUCCAAUAGUUUUUAAUUUCCAUGCUCUCCAACAGAGAGUUAUAUUUUCUGUUGAUUCUUUUUAAAGGGAAAAUAAUUGUGGAUCUGGAUGGACCAUAAAAAUGCUACUUGAAGGCCAAAUGGAAUAUAUCCUUAAUGUAUAGUGCUUUGUGGAACUGGGGUGAUGGCAGUGAAUCUCUUCACUGAGUCCAUUCAGCAGCAUUGUGAAAAUAAUGCCAGAAGCAGCACAGCCAAACUUUUUGGGGGACAUUUUUAAAUGACCAAUGUAAAAAGGGCAUUAGGGCUCGGAGAGACACAGGGCCACCCACAAGCUUUUGCUGACAGUGCCAAAUAUGACUGUCUGUUCAAAAAUCCAUUUCAUUCCAGACUGGCACCUCGUACAAGUUUCCUUUUAUUUUUUUUUCCUUUCCUCUCUGUUUUGGGGGGAGGAGUGUGUGUAGGAGAGCAUGUGUGUGCUGUUGACUUUCUUUGUUUCUUUAUAUUUUUUUUUCCCAAUGGAAGAAAAAGAAAAGGGCUUAAAAGCCCCAGGAGCUGAGUACCAUCAACUCCUCUAACCACUCUCGGAAGAGUGAAGAGUGCAAAGAAUCUAGUCAGAAGAGUGUUAUAGGAAUGUCCCGCUACUGAGUGUGGAUGGACCUACCUGUUGUAGGUGUUUUCAGGAUAGUUUAAGUCAUUGCACUUAUAGCUAUGCUAGUGCUGUACUGUAGACAAGAGCUGGUUAAGGGAAAUUGAUCUGAAAAUAAAAUGUGUUUUACAGAACCAGUAGUAAAGUGCAGCCUAGUUUCAACUGACCUGCUGCAACAUUUCUACAAUGACUUUUGUGGUAGGGAUGGUUCCCUGACCUGUUUUGCUGUCCAGCCUUAAGGAUUAAUUCUGUAUUCAUUUGGACUCCAGAUAUUCGUUGACAGUCAAGGGGAUUUUAGGGGGUCAGUGGAAUGCAGAAUGAGGUUCUUCAUUUGCUUAUAGCAGAAAAAAACCCCGCAGAAAUGAAUGUAAGUGUCAUUUAAAAUGAAGCUUCGAAAGUUCUUUCUCUGUAUGUGACUAGUUCUUCUGCUUGGAUUGUAACGUUAGCCUUAAAGACUUGUACUGUUCUCGCAAGAUUGUCUGUGGUUAAAAUAAAACAGCCUUUGGGAGCACUGAAAAGCUGCAUAGCCAGCAAGAAAAAAAAGACAAAAAGAAAACGGCAGCCCUUAUGUAAGGCAACCUCUCUCAUGUGAGGGAGCGGGUAAAUUGUAUCAGUCUGUGCAUUGCACACGUGCUGCUCCAGCCGGCGCAGUGCCUGAAGGACUGUUUUAUUUUGGGUUAUUGCUUGGGCAGCAGAUGGUCCUAUCGCCAUGUAAAUGAGAAAUCUUUUCGUUUGUUUGCUUUGGUUUAGCACUGUAGGACAAGGAGAGAAUACUAGCUUAGUCUACAGCGCAAUUUCAGCUGCAAGAUGUUAUCACCAUUAACUUGAAAAAUCCAAAUCAGUAUUGAAGUCACUAGUCAAAGUGUUGAAACAGCGAAACUGUCAUCAGGUUUCCACAACAAUUUCCUGUGCUACCUGUUUUAGCUCCAAAAUGCUAGUAUUUUGGGGGAUGUGUCCUAUUAUAUGUUGACAACGUCUCUCUUUGUAGACUACCAGCUGCAAGUUAUAUAGAUAUAAUUAAAAAAAAAAACAAACCAAAACCAAAAUCCAUGACUCUUCUUUAAAUAUGAAUAAUUCAGCUAUCUCUGUAGGAGACUGGG